AUGGACCAAUUCUGGUGUUACGGUCAUAAAUAUUUGUCGGAUAUAAUACCAUCUAUACUCCACACGACAGCCACCUGGCUGACCGUAUUCCUAGCCGUCCAGCGAUACGUCUACGUUUGCGUACCGAAUUCCGUCCACCUCUACUGCACACCAAAAACGACUCGAGUGGCUAUUUGCUCGAUUUUGAUGCUCUCCUCCGUAACAGUCAUGCCUGAUCUGAUGGCUAAGCAAUUCUCACAUUUCAUCUACUUCGAUCAGCAUCUCGGGCGACACAAGCGGGCCUGUCGAUUCGAAUAUCCAAAAUGGGUAGAAGUGAUCGGAAUGGUAACGUACUACACGGCUUACCUAUGGAUUCGAGCUAUUAUGCACUUUAUACCUUGCACGCUGCUUUUGAUCUUCACCUACAAACUCGGCCGUACCAUCAAACGAGCAGAGAUCAGGAAGCGCUCGUUUAUUCUGAAUCAAGAUGGCUCCGAGAGGAAGCAUUCCACAGUCUCGAAUAAUCCGGUGAGUUGCAGCGGUCGCAGUCUGUACGCGACGAAUCGAAUGCUGUCGGUGAUUUGCUCCGUGUUUCUCAUACUCGAGAUCCCGGCCUCCGUCGCGUUUAUCUUGCAAUUCUUGAUAGGAUCCGGUUGGCUGGUAUCUUCACAGAAAGACGAAUUGGCGGGAUUGCUGAAUCGGUUAAUGAUUAUACGCAACCUCUUGAUCGUCCUAACAUCCCCGAUCCAGUUCAUCAUCUACUGCUCCAUGUCCGAACAGUUUCGGAUCACGGUCCGGCAGCUGUUCACGAAAAGGCUGCUCUUCGUUGCUCAGGCCCAAGCAACAUUCCAUGGCGGAAAGAGGUAUUCUCUCAUUCUGGUCGACGUCGACUCAAUCGAACGGCGGAAUGGGGGUAGCAAGCGCAAUUCGAGAGCUGUGGUCAGCUGCGAACCACGAGAACCAUCCGUAAAAGUGGAGUACCCUGAAUCGGGGACACAAGAGCGCCGGAAAAUGGGGAAGGUGGGACGUCAGGUGUCGUUCAAGGAUCGACCGCUCGAUCGGAAUCGGGAUUGCCCUUCCGCGUCGAUCGUCACCAAAGAAACGUCUCCAGGAAAUGGGCGGCGCCUAUCUACCGUAAUCCAAGAACCAGCAAGUCCAGAUGCUGUGAUUACCCCACUAGUUCUCGAUACCGAAAGUGAUUCACUCUGGAGUCAGCCGACCACCUCGACCCUGGUUUCGGAGCGCCCGAAUGGAGAUAUCCCAGAGAUUCGAAUCGAGCUGAAGGAGUGCUCGACAUCAAAUGAAGCGCUCGGGGAAGAGGGUGUGGAGCAA